AAAGUUGCACUCAAUAGUUAAUAAACGAAACGCCGAAUAUAAAAAAACAGGAUCUCGCACAUUAGAGUCAUUUAAUUGGGUAAAUUUGUUGCUAGGGUUUUGCGAAAAAAGAUGAAGGUGAUCGCUGCUUAUUUGCUCGCUGUUUUGGGUGGCAACACAUCCCCCACUGCUGAUGAUAUCAAGAACAUUCUCGGAUCUGUUGGAGCUGAAGCUGAGGAUGACCGAAUUGAAUUGCUUCUGUCUCAAGUUAAGGGCAAGGAUAUUACAGAACUCAUUGCAUCUGGACGAGAAAAGUUGGCGUCUGUCCCUUCUGGUGGCGCUGGUGCUGUGGCUGUAGCUGCACCUGCUACUGGUGGAGCCGCUCCUCCUGCUGCAGCAGAGGCCAAGAAAGAAGAAAAGGCGGAGGAUGAGGGAGAAUCUGAUGAUGACAUGUGCCUCAGCCUUUUUGAUUAAGCUGGGAGUUGGUAGAGGCUCUUCUUAUGUGAAGUGAUCUCAGUUAAUCUUUUAGAGACUCUGUUAUAUAAUUGAAUAACUGCUAUCAGUUUAGAUGGUGUGAUGGCAUCUAACGACUGUUGUUGUCUUGUUGACUUGUUGGUAUUUGGUUGGACCUUUUGUUGUUCUUGAAUCUAGUAGAUCAUUCUCGAAUUUAA